CUCAGUGUGAUAUUCUCCAACACAGGCAGGUUGUGCACAGGUGCGGGACUGAAGAGACCUACAACCUGCAGAUCCAACAGCACGACCAGCGACCCGACUGCAUAUCGAUUGAUUAUUAAUUGAUUUGUGACCUCAGCCUGUCAGGAUUUCACUGUGUCCAGCUGCAUUGAAUCACACUACCGUCCCGGUGUCGGACAAAACAUUCAACAGCGCUGCCAUGCCGUCUCUGCGACACUCGUACACGGUGACGGUACCGGAGGAACCGGCCGCUCUCCCGGUAGACAAACCCGAGCUGCGGCGGAAGAGUCCGUCUUUGUCCCGGUCCAAGCUGGUGUCCACGUUCAUGGGUCUGAUCAUCAACCAGGCCAAGAACAAGAGUCCUCAAGGCCUGGUGGGACUGAAGAAUCUGGGCAACACAUGUUUCAUGAACUCCAUCCUACAAUGUCUGAGCAACACUCCCGAGCUGAGAGAUUACUGCCUGAGGAACGUCCAUCGCACCGACCUCAACAACAACUGCACGACUAACGCCGCUCUCAUGGAAGAGUUUGCAAAGCUGACUCAGAGUCUGUGGACUUCUGUGAACAACGAGGCCAUCAGUCCCUCUGACUUCAGGAGUCAGAUCCAGAGAUACGCUCCCAAAUUUGUGGGCUGCAAUCAGCAGGACGCCCAGGAGUUCCUGCGUUUCUUAUUGGACGGUCUCCAUAAUGAGGUGAACAGAGUGACAGUUCGACCGAAGGUUUCUGUCGAGGACUUUGACCACCUCUCGGAUGAUGAAAAAGGCAAGCGGAUGUGGAAUAUGUACUUGGAGAGAGAGGACAGCAAAGUAGUGGAUCUGUUUGUUGGGCAGCUGAAGAGCUCUGUCACCUGCACCGUCUGUGGCUUUCGCUCCACCGUGUUUGAUCCAUUUUGGGACCUAUCCAUACCUGUUGCACAGAAGAGCACAGGAGAAGUGACUCUCAAAGACUGCAUGAGGCUCUUCACAAAAGAAGAUGUGUUGGAUGGAGAAGAGAGGCCGACGUGCAACAGAUGCAAAACCAGAAGGAAAUGCACCAAAAAAUUCAGCAUUCAGAAGUUCCCUCAGAUCCUCGUGCUUCACCUGAAGCGUUUCUCAGACUCCAACAUCCGAACCAGCAAACUCUCCACAUACGUCAACUUCCCUCUCAAAGAGCUGGACCUGCGGGAGUUCGCCUCAGAGAGCAGCGAGCGUGUUGUGUAUAACCUGUACGCUGUAUCCAACCACUCUGGAAAUGCUUUGGGAGGCCAUUACACAGCCUACUGCAAGAACCAGUCCAUGGGAGAGUGGUACAGCUACAACGACGCCAGGGUGAGCCCGGUUUCCUCUAGCCAGGUUCGCAGCAGCAACGCCUACGUCCUCUUCUAUGAGCUGGCCCCCUCCUCACACAGCAAAUACCAGACGUGUCGGCUUUAGACGCUGUGGAGGAGUUGAUAAGAGCUGCACUGAGCUGCGCCCAAGAGUGGAGUCAGACACUGCCUGCUGUUAAAGAGCUCCACCUAGUGGAGACAGUCCUGCCAUUACAGACUCUGAAUAUGGAGCACAGCGAUAUGCUGUUUAGAAAAAAAGUGCUCUCUGACCUUCCUCUUAGUGUGUUUGUUUUUGAGAAAAAGGCUGGAUGUGAAAGCACAUUUGAACUUCAGGAUGUCAAGCUGAACUGAAAUGUGAAAUGGACCUGAAGUGACACUGGGAAAAUACUGCUUCCACUGCAAAUUCAGCUCAAGACACAGCUGUUAGUCAAACUUAAAAUGCCUUUUUGGAGGACAAGAAGAUGCUUUUUAUGAUGGACAUGCAACAGUGGACUCACUCCAAGAAAAUAAAUUUUACAGCUGUGCUUGGGCCUGAAUCUACACCCACUCGAGUGGAUUUUUCUUCAAUGCACUUUGAACAUGGACUAUUAACCGUAAGGACAUUAUUAUGCGAUGACAUUGCAGAGAUUUGCCUCUCACAGCAACUGCAAGACAUAAUUUAUUCUAUUUAACAUAAUGCCAGUAAUGGAAAGUGUAUACUGUAUUGAACAAAGCCUUAUGGUUUCCUCUUAGAACAGCGGAAAUCCACUACUGGAAAGAGGAUGUUUUGUGUCAGAGCACAUGUUAUUUUUGUACAGUAUUUAUGGACAGCACAGUGAAUGUAACUGUACUGUGGGAAAGCUGAACAUACCAAAGCAGCUGUACAAAGUGCAUCAAAAAGACUUUUCCAGCAAUAAUGUUGCUGACUUAUCAUCCAAGUCAGUUCAGAAUGAUUUUAACUGAAACUCAUCACAAAGUGGUUACGGAGAUGAUACCCACAGACCUCAGAGAUGGACUUAUUUCUCGUUUUUAAAAAGGGAGACAAGAUGUUAAGGAAACUACAGGAGCUUCUCACUCCUGUCCACAACUGAGAAGGUUAUUGGCCACAUUCUGUUCAAGAGAUUCCUCCCACUUUCUGAAGAAAUCCUCCGAGUCCCAGUGCGGUUUUCAUCCUGCAAAACAGACAUGAUUUUCACAGCCAGACAGUUACAGGAAAAAUAUGCAGAUGAUGAUAACAAAAGGUCCUCAGUGCAUACUCAAUGCUUUUUGGAGUUUUUUGGACUAAUUUGACUGCCCAUGUGUGUUAAAAAGGCUCUCCAUCAGCCCCCAACAGACUCCUCCACACCCCCACCAACAAUAACAAUUGACAGUUAAAGUCUUGAAAAUGUAGACCAUUUUUCUUAUUUCGGAAAUCCCCUCUCUUCAGUGGCAGACAUCGACAGUAUUGUACACUAUCAGAUCUGCUGUGCCAGUGGGGCUUUUGCAAAGCUCAGUGGAAGAGUCUUUGAAAACUCUGACCUGCUCGCAGAGACGAGGCUGCUGGCCUACGAGUUAGUUAUCUCGCCCACACUUUUAUAAAAGAUCUGUGCAAAGAUCUGAACUAUCAUAUAUGAGUAGGCAGACAAAAUGUUUCAAGGACAACUUUAGGAUCAGCCUCAAAAAAGUCCACAUAAACAGCUCAACUUGGGAAGACUGUGCCAAGACUGAGCCAAAUUCCAUGAAGACGAUCUCCGACGGCCUGCCAAAGUCAAGCUCUGGAAAGACAGAAGCGAGUCCCACCGAAAAGGCUCUCCCACAUUCCACUUUCAGCACCUCACACAAAUGCCCAAACUGCAAGAAAGUUUGUGGUACCAAAAUGGAGAUCAUUAAAAGACCCUCACAAAGGACGUUUGAGGAGGACCAUCAUUCUCGACUUUGACUGGUGAUGAGAACUGUGGGAAAGCCAGACAUACCAAAGCAGCUGUAUAAAAAUGCAUCAAUAAUACUUUCCCAGCAAUAAUGUUAGUGACUUAACAUCUAAGUCAAUGCAGAGCAUAUGAAUGAUUAAAAAUAAAUGUUAACUUAUAAUGAA